AUGGUGGCAAUCACUUUCCGAAAGGUGGAAGAAAAAGUACCUUUCUCAGGAGGGUACAAGACUCUUCCGUGUUAUCUGGCGCUGUUUGCGCUCGGGGAACUAUUUGAACUAUUCAUGGCAUUCGAUGCUUUGCGAAUGCGCAAUGUCAUCCAACUUAUUGGAAUACUCCUCUUUCACCUGGCCAUGUUGGUAUAUGCUGCGGUUCAGAUUGACCAAACUCGAGAGGCCAUCGUGACCUCUAACCAAUGCGAAACAAAUCCAGAUCCUGUCAGAUGCGACAUUCCUGGCUCCCUGUGGCGAGAGAUUCGGCCUUUCCUGAUUGUUUCACCGUGCGUGAUAGCUGCUGCCUGGUUAGCGCUGGUAUACUGGAUGAAAGCGCUUUAUGCGGAAUUUGGUUGGGCCAUAUUCCACAUUGUCGGCGCGAACCCCAAAAUGAAGACCAUGUAUCAAGUGUACCAGAUCAUGUUGUGCCUAUUGAAAUUUGAUUUCUUUUUUUUCACUGCGGUUACCAUGCAGCUCCUCAUUCUGGUUCUGAACAAGAGCUCUGCGGAGUUUGGUGUUACCAUUGCUGCUAUCCCGAUCGUUUUAUUACUGUUGGCCCUUUGCGGUGUAGCGGUACAGAGAGAAAUCAAGUGGUUGAUGUCCAUCUCUUUGGUGCUGAUGCUUGCGGCUGAAAGCUACUGUGAGUAG